GCUAUGGGCACGCCGCUCCGGGGACCGAUGCUGGGAAGGCCUUCUGCAUGUUUUACGCCGUCCUGGGAAUCCCUUUGACGCUUGUAAUGUUCCAAAGUCUGGGCGAGAGGAUGAACACUUUUGUCAAGUACCUCCUGAAACGCAUCAAGAAGUGCUGCGGGAUGAGCAUCACGGACGUGUCCAUGGAGAACAUGGUGACCGUGGGGUUCUUCUCCUGCGUCGGCACGCUGUGCGUCGGAGCCGUCGCCUUCUCCCACUACGAGGACUGGAGCUUCUUCCAGUCUUAUUAUUAUUGCUUCAUCACAUUAACAACUAUUGGCUUUGGGGACUUUGUGGCCCUUCAAAAGAACCGGGCUCUCCAGAAGAAGCCCAUGUACGUGGCCUUUAGCUUCAUGUAUAUCCUGGUGGGCCUCACGGUCAUCGGGGCGUUCCUCAACCUGGUGGUUCUUCGCUUCCUGACGAUGAACAGCGAGGACGAGAGACGGGACGCGGAGGAAAGAGCCUCGCUGGCGGGAAACAGGAACAGCAUGAUCAUCCACAUCCAGGACGAGUCGCUGCCGAGGGGCCGACGGCGGAGGGAAGCGUACCGACAGGAAGUGACUGAUCUGCAGUCGGUGUGCUCCUGUAUGCACUACCACUCGCAUGACUUCGGCAGCUCUGGGGGGGGGAUGGGAGGCCUGGGCUGUGCCUUCUCCCAUCAGAACUCGUUCAGCUCGCAGCUGAAUCCCAAUCAGUACUUUCACUCCGUUUCAUACAAGAUCGAGGAGAUCUCGCCCAGCACCUUGAAGAACAGCUUCUACCCGUCGCCCGUCAGCUCGGUGUCUCCGGGCCUCCACAACUUCACAGACAAUCACCAGCUGAUGAGGAGAAGGAAAUCUGUUUAAAGGCCUACACUGAGAAUAAUGAACCGUUGGCUUUAAUUCAAUGUAUUAUGUCAACACAUUCACAUUAAGUUAAGAUGAGAUGACAUGAAACUUUAGUGAUCCCCUUGGGGUAAUUCAGGCGUUUAUAGCAGCAACAGUUUCAGACAGGGUCAAAUAAAGAAUACAAAUUUAAAUAAUUAUACAACACCUUAAAGUGAUAAAGUAACUAUUGAAACA